AUGCCGAAAUCCCUCUCCAAAGUCACCAAGCAAAUCUCCAAAAAGCGCGGCAGCAAGUCCUCCGCCCUGCACGAAUUCUCCCGCGACUCUCGACGCCUGCAAGCCGCCGGCCUGCGCGACGAGAAGAUCCUCCGGUCCGCCACCCAGCGCAGCAAGCAGAACCAGCCCACCCUCCAACGCGUCCACCACUUCCAACUCCUCGCCCAGUCCCCCGAAGCCCCCGAAACCUUCGACGCCUCCUCCCUGCAGUCCGCCAUCCUCGCCUACCUCGCGCGCGCCGACGACGAGCUGGCGGCGCUCAAGGCCGCGCGGCGCCCGGGCCGCCCGCCCGCCCCGCGCGAGCAGCUGCUCGAGCAGCGCGUCGCGGCCGAGCGCAAGGAGUUCGACGGCGGCUUCUACUGCCCGGACCUGCGCGACGCGGCGACGGUGGAGCGGCUGCGCGCCUGGGACGGCGAGUGGGUGGGCUGCAACGCGUUGAAGUUUGCGCGCGUGACCAAGGCCGGCGAGGUGCGGGAGAGCGUGUGGCCGCCGAACGGAUUGAGUUGA